AUGGCUGCCAUUCCCUCGACACCGGCGGGAUUAAUAAUCCAUCGUUGCACGAAUACUUACGACACGGUCGUCGUCGCCGUUGCAUUGCCGUCUUUGAUCGCCCAUGGCGCGCUCCGGAGCUCCGCUAGUGCUUGUGCUGGCCCUCCUCCUCCUCGUCACCGCACCACAUGUGACCAUAGCCAUCACGUGCGGGGAGGUCACGUCCGCCCUGAGCUCAUGCAUCUCCUACGCCACCGGCAAGGGGCCGCUGUCCACCGCUUGCUGCAGCGGGGUGAAGAGCCUCAACAGCGCCGCGAAGACCACGGCGGACCGCAAGACCGCGUGCACCUGCAUCAAGUCCACCGUGUCCCGUCUCUCGGGGGCCCAAGCCGGUGCUAUUGCCGGCAUCCCGGGCAAAUGUGGCGUCAGCAUCGGCUACCCCAUCAGCGCCUCCACCGACUGCUCCAAGGUGAACUGAGAGAUUCUCAUGGACGGUGGUUUAUGUAGUGAGCUUAUGGUAUAUAUAUGUCGAAUAAAGGUGGAGUACUGUGACGGGCACUCCUCGUCACCGCUCUACCCCUCUGUGCUUGUGAGCCUCCGCCGCUAGUGGGGUGCUUUUUGUAGCAGUGUUGUCAUAGACAUAUCUAUUGAGAUUACAUAUCGCUUAUCCAUCCA